GUAUAAGUGGUUCUUCCCUCCACAUAAAUAUCCGAACCAAAUUCCCUCCAUCUUCUUUCUUCUUCUCUCUUCCCUCCCUCCCUCGUUUUCUGUUCUCUUUCUCUCUCCCGCUUUUUUAUUUUCCGACUUUCCAAACACCGUAGAUCUCAUCUCAUUUCCUCCGAUCUCUCUCGGAGCUCCAUCGCCGUCAGGUGAUGUCGGGCAACCGAGCUCCUCCACCCGCCGCUUCUCCCUCGCCGGACCAGAUCAUGCAAUCCAUGAAACGCCAACUCCCUUUCUCCUCCAUGAAACCUCCGUUUCUAGCUUCCUCUGAUUAUCAUCGCUUUGCCCCUGACCACCGCCGGAAUCUCGACCAGGAAACUGAAGCUAUCGUCGUUAAGACUCCUCCAUUGAAGCGGAAAAGUGAAGCAGCUGAUCUUGAAGCUGAUUCAGGUGAUAGGAUGACCCCUGGAUCCACUCAAGCAGCCAAUGGUCCUUUUCAGACGCCUGUAUCUGGAAAGAUGGGGAAGGGAGGCAAAUCCUCUAGGCUGACAAAAGCCAACAGAUCUGGAACGCAAACCCCAGGCUCAAAUAUUGGUUCUCCUUCAGGAAAUAAUCUCACCCCUGCUGGUCCAUGUCGAUAUGACAGCUCUUUAGGUCUGUUGACAAAAAAGUUCAUAAAUUUAAUAAAACAAGCAGAGGAUGGUAUUCUUGAUCUUAAUAAUGCUGCUGACACAUUAGAGGUGCAAAAGAGGAGGAUAUAUGAUAUAACAAAUGUUCUUGAAGGGAUUGGUCUUAUAGAGAAAAAGCUCAAGAACAGAAUUCAGUGGAAGGGGCUGGAUGUUUCAAAACCAGGGGAAGCUGAUGAUAGUUUUGCUAGUUUACAGGCAGAGAUUGAAAAUUUAACAAUGGAGGAACGUCGGUUAGAUGAAGAAAUAAGGGAGAUGCAAGAAAAGCUACGGGAUCUUAGUGAAGAUGAAAAUAAUGAGAAGUUGCUUUUUGUAACUGAGGAUGAUAUAAAGAACUUGCCCUGCUUCCAGAAUGAAACCUUGAUAGCAAUUAAAGCUCCACAUGGAACCACUUUGGAAGUCCCUGAUCCUGAUGAGGCUGUUGAUUAUCCACAGAGGAGAUACAGGAUAGUCCUGAGAAGCACAAUGGGUCCAAUAGAUGUUUACCUUGUUAGUCAAUUUGAAGAAAAGUUUGAAGAGAUCAAUGGUGUUGAUGUUGCACCCAAAGUUCCAUCCAGUCUAGAAGUUAAUAUGCAUCAAUCAACUGUGGUCCCAGAGGAUAAAGGGAAGGAAAUAGAAGUGCAGCCACAAGAUGGUGAAGGGCCUAGUUCAGAUCCUACCAACUCUCACGACUUCGUGAGUGGGAUCAUGAAGAUUGUUCCUUCAGAUGUUGCUACUGAUGCUGAUUACUGGCUUUUAUCAGAUGCCGGUGUUAGCAUAACCGAUAUGUGGAGAACAGAACCCGGAGUUGAAUGGAAUGAACUCAACGCAUUUCAAGAAGAUUUUUGUAUGGCCCGUGAGCACACUACAACCCCAAAUAAUGCUUCAAACAUAGGUGAAGUGUCUUCCACAUCCAACCCUACAGUUGGAUGAAGCCUCAAAAGGAUUUGUUGUGACUCUAAAGAUAAAGUGGAGUUCUUUCUCCACUGAGAACCUAUGACAUCCACCCAGCCCCCAGCCCCCAGCCCCGUGAUUGGAUUGAAGGUUCCUAGAAGAUACUUUCUCAACGUUUCAUCAAGCUUGUCCUGCAAAACUAAAUGGCCAGUCACAUGGCUAAUUGUACAGUUAGUAUUACAUAAUCCAAGCGACUUUGUACUUCGAGGAAAAAACACGUAGCUUUGGUGAACCCAACUUUGUAUAUUAUAAUUCCCAGACUUUAUAGACCAGUUAGCGCAAUGUGUAUGUUUGCAAAGCAAUAAAAAACACAUUUCAGAUUGCAAA